GACGCACUUCCUAUUGCCGUCACUGCUCAGUGUUUACAUGGUGAAGUGAGCUGAGUGCUGAACGGCAGUUUGACAAAAGAGCUCAGACGGCGUGACGUGACACAUUGUGGCAGAAAUUGGAAACUGAUGUGGAAGAAAGAUGUUUGGUGUAAGCCAGGAGAACCAAGUAACGAAUGCUGAAGUGGCAUGAAGAAGUAAUGGACAAGCAAGCAUUGGUCAGGGCAUUUUUAACAGCUGAAAAAAGAUGGGAGGUGCUGUGAGUGCUGGUGAAGACAAUGAUGAUUUAAUUGACAAUCUGAAAGAAGCACACUACAUCCGAACAGACGUAGUAGAGCAAGCUUUCCGAGCCAUAGAUCGCGCAGAUUAUUACUUGGAAAUUUACAAAGAUAAUGCCUAUAAAGACUUGGCUUGGAAAAAUGGUAAUAUCCAUUUGUCUGCACCAUGCAUUUACUCUGAAGUAAUGGAAGCACUGGACCUACAGCCAGGAUUGUCCUUUCUGAAUCUUGGAAGUGGCACGGGAUAUUUGAGUACAAUGGUUGGUUUAAUUUUAGGGCCCUUUGGAGUAAAUCAUGGAAUAGAGCUUCAUGUUGAUGUUGUCGAAUAUGCCAACCAAAAACUUGAGAAUUUCAUCAAGAAUAGUGACAGCUUUGAUAAGUUUGAAUUCUGCGAGCCAUCCUUUGUGGUGGGUAACUGUCUAGAGAUUGCUUCAGAUAGUCGUCAGUAUGACAGAGUCUACUGUGGGGCAGGUGUUCAGAAAGAUCAUGAAGAGUAUAUGAGAAAUCUCAUAAAAGUUGGUGGAAUCCUUGUCAUGCCAUUGGAAGAGAAGCUUACUAAAAUAAUGCGUACGGGAUUGAAUACUUGGGAAACAGAAAAGAUUUUGGCUGUCUCCUUCGCUCCUCUAAUCCAACCUUGUAAUGCAGAUGGUGGGAAAGUACGAACAGUCCAAUUACCUUCAGUUAGUGUUGGAAGCCUCCAAGAAUUAACUCGGAUCUGCAUUCGUCGGACUCUUAAAAAUACAAUAAAUCAGGACAAGGCAAAUAAUGGAGUUCCUCCAAAGGUUCCGUCCAGGUUUAAGCGAAGGCGGAUCCGCAAAAGGCGAAUGGAUGCAAUUGUUUUGGUUGAUAAGCAGAUCUUUGCAAGUCGAAUAUCAAAUCCUUUUGAUAACAAUAACAAUGAGGACUUGGAGGAUGUUCAGAGAGAUGAUGAUGAAAAAGAGUACUGCGACUUUAAACCAGAGCCUCCAUUAUAUCUGCUUCGAGAAAAGAUCUUGAGUUUGCCUUUACCAGAGCCAUUAAAAUUAUACCUGCUGUACUACAGAGAUAAAUAAGUCUUGAAAAUAACUGCUGGUAAUAACUGUAAUAUUGCACUUAAGUUAAAGUUCAAAAAAAAUAUAAGGGGACAUAUACUGCAAUGAAAUAAGUGAGCACUUUUACAUACUUGUUUUGAUUAGCAAUUUCCUAUUAAUAGUUUCAUACUAAAUUUGUUUUUCUCACUUAAAACAAAGUUAUAGAAUUAUUCAUGUAGAGUAUUUGCAAAACUAAAGUAUGCUUUGUUCUGCUGUACAUUUUAUUGCAUUGUUUGUGACAAGCACUUCAAAAACAGCAUACAAAGUUGAAAAGAGAAAUUUAAAAUUAUUAUCCCUUUGAAACUUUCUGGUGGCUUGUAACUUGUCUAUUUAAGCAAAAUAUUGUAAUUUGUAUUAACUUAGUUGAAUACUGUUUAGCUCAGAGUAAAGAUAGUGAUUUUUAAGCACAGUUCUGUGCUUUAUAUGCCAAAACUGUUUUUUAAUGGAACUGUUAAGAUGUAACUUUAGAAUUUUUUUCAUAUUAGCUUAAUUUAAAAAUAAAUGUUACUGCUGUAACAAUUUCAUAUUUUUGCAGAUUGCUUGGUAGAUGAACUGAUGUUAUCAAAUAAUUGUUCAGUCACUUCUCUGCAAUAAAUCAAAAUAAAAGUUUGAAUCAGUUA